UGUUGACUCAUUCAAUCGCAUGCUCACUAUGCAUCCUUCCCCAUCCAUCAUUGAAUUUAACAAGAUUUUGGGAUCGCUUGUUAAGACUAAGCAUUUCCACACUGCUAUUUCCCUUUUUCGACAACUGGGAUUCGAGGAAAUUAUGCCAAGCAUUGUUACUUUUAACAUUUACAUCAAUGGUUUAUGCCAACUGCAUCACAUGACCUUAGCUUUUUCGGUAUUGGCCAAAAUCUUCAGAUUGUGUUAUCAGCCAAGUACAGUAACCUUCACUACACUUAUGAAUGGUCUCUGUCUUGAUAACUUUAUGUCUGAGGCACUUGAUUUGUUCAAUGAAAUGGUAUUGAAAAGCAUCAAUCCAGAUGUUUAUACUUUUAGCAUAUUGAUUGAUGUCUUGUGCGAGAAUGGAAAAGUGAGUGAAGCUAAAAAUGUGUUGGCUGUGAUGAUAAAAGAAGGUGUAAAACCUGAUUGUGUUACUUACAAUACUUUAAUGGACGGCUAUUGCUUAGUUAACGAAAUAAAGAAUGCCAAAUAUGUAUUCAACACCAUGAUCCGAAGUGGUGUAAUGCCUGAUGUACGAAGCUACAGCAUAUUGCUUAAUGGAUUAUGCAAGACUAAAAAGGUGCAUGAAGCUGUGAAUCUCUUUGAAGAAAUGCAUUACAAAAGUAUUUUUCCAAAUACAGUAACUUACAAUUCUCUUAUUGAUGGUUUGUGCAAAUCUGGGAGAAUUUCUUUUGCCUUGAAGCUUAUUGAUGAGAUGCAUGAUAGGGGUCAACAAGCUGAUAUAUUUACCUUCAACUCCUUAAUUGACGCAUUAUUCAAAAACCAUCACAUAGAAAAGGCAAUUGCAUUGUUCAGUAAAGUUAUAGACAAUGGUAUUCAUCCAAAUGCAUACACAUACACGAUACUUAUUGAUGGACUAUGCAAAGGUGGAAGACUUAAAGUUGCACAAGGCAUGUUUCAGGAUCUUUUGAUUAAAGGCUAUCAUUUUAAUGUUCAUUCAUAUACUGCAAUGAUUGGUGGACUUUGUAAAGAGGGCUUGUUUGAUGAAGCGUUGACCUUGAAGUCAAACAUGGAAGACAUUGAAUGCUUUCCUAACUCUGUAACUUUUGAAAUAAUUAUUUGUUCUCUCUUUGAAAGAAAUGAGAAUGAUAUAGCUGAGAAACUUCUUCAUCAAAUGAUUGGCAAAGGAUUAUUGUAAGUAAUUGCCUCCAUC